AUGGUCAGCCCUCGGGGUCCCUCCAGGGCCUGGCCCAAGGACAUGACAACCCCUGGACCCCUCCUGCCUCCUUAUGCUGUCGUAGUUGGAGUUUUGCUUCGCCUCGUUGUGUAUUUAGUCGCUGUGCUGUAUAGUUAUGCUGAGCAGCUGUUCUUGAAAAAGGAUGACAAUAAAAUAAAGAAACAAGAUAUCCCAGCAGUUUGUGAUCUUCACUGCUGUAAGGAUGUCCCUGUAAGAAAUGGCCUUAUUGGGCAGAAGCCACCCUCUAUCAACCCCGAGAGACUGAAGGAUUUUGGUGAGGAGGACUACCUGAACGGGGAUGUGAAGACGUGGGAAAUGAAGAUAGUGAGCCGGAAUGAGGAGUUGCUCAGGGAUGCCCUUUCCUGCAUCCCUCAGCCAAGCAGUAGGACCAGCCUGGCAAGCUGUAGCAGGCUGAUUCGGUUUGAAGACAUUAGUGCAGCAGCCUUCAAAAUCCAGUGUGGUGUUCAGAAAACCCCCUGCAUGUAUUCUAGGCUAUCCAAGCAGUACGGAAUGGACAUCUACCUGAAGAAGGAGUUCCUCCAGUACACAGGGUCUGUGAAGGAACGAGGUGUACUUUACCUUCUGAUGUCAUUGCCUCAGGAGCAGCAAAGAAAAGGGGUGAUCGUGGCCUCGGACAGCAACUUCUCCAUGGCUGUCGCUCACCACGCCUCCGAGCUCCGUGUGCCCGUGUUUGUGAUCCUGUGCACCAGCACGGCCCCAGCCCGGGUGCGGAUGUGCCGCGAGUACGGCGCCAUGGUCAUCUCCUACGGCGCCACGGCCAAGGACUCCCAGCUGCACGCGCGGAGGCUGGCGCAGGAGAACGGCUACCUCUACCUGGAAGAGGAGGACAGUGCUGUGUACCUGUCAGGCCUGGGGACCGUGGGGCUGGAGAUGUACGAGCAGGUGCCAAAGCUGGACGCGGUGAUUUUCCCUGCAGGAGGCCACUGUGGCUUGCUGGCAGGGUCAGCUGCUGCACUCAAACACCUCAACCCACAUAUUUCUGUAAUUGGAGUUGAAUCUGAAAGUUUCCCAGUGUUGCAACAGUCCUUAAAAGCUGGCCACCCAAAUGAUGACCAGGCCUGCAACAAUCAUCACUUCUAUGGAGAUGUGAGUGGAGUUUGCUUUGGCAGUAAUUCUUUGCAGCUGACUGGGAAGCUUGUGGAUAAAGUUGUUGCUGUGAGGGAGGAGGACAUCCUCAUUUCAAUGCUGAGGCUGCUGGAGUACGAGCGAGCCACGGUUGAUGCAGAAGGGGCCAUUGGGCUUGCAGCACUGGUGGCAGGGAAGCUGCCUGAGUUGAAGGGUAAAAGAGUGGCAGUUGUUAUAUGCAGUGGAAACCUGGAAUUACAUUUGCUGCAACAGUGCAUAGCUCGUGCCCUGACCCUGGAUAACAGAGUGUGCAGAUUUUCCCUUGUGAUUUCUGACUGCCCAGGAGACAUGUCAAAGCUACUGGAGCUUUUGGCUCGGGAGGAAGCAAGAGUUUUGGAUAUCAAACAAGAACGCACAUUUGUGACAUCUGAGCUCUUCACUGUUGAGGUGAUGUGCACUGUGGAGACCAGAGACAAGAUGCACACAGCCCAGCUGAGGAAUGCACUCCUGGAACGCUACCCCACAGCUGCCUGGACUGAGCGGUGACGGGCGCAGCGCGGGGUGGGGGCACCAGGGCCUCUGCCAAGGACUCUGCAGAGCCCCUGCCUUGAGGCUUU